UGAAACCCGUCCGCCUCGAUAGCCUUGACUUACUCAAAGUGGUUCUGUCUGCGGAGUUGCCCUUCACUGAAGUAUUCAUGCACUUUUCCGGCACCAUAUCUGGGCCUUCAAAAUGACGGGCUCGUCUCUGGCUACCCCGAGUGAUAUCUCGCAGAAACUAUCACUAGGCAAGAUUGGACGGAUUACUCAAUCGCAGUACGCGAUUGCAAUUGGCGUCUUUUUCGGAAUCGCCGUGCUUUCGUUCCUCGGCCGCAUCUUCAUCCGACUGUUCACCCGUCGACGGCUAUUUCUGGAUGAUGCAUUCCUUAGCUUUGCUUUUGCCACGCUGCUUGUAGGAACUGUCCUCGGGUACCUCCGUGCAUAUACCAUCUAUACCGAGCUUGCGGCCAUGGAAGGAGAUAUCACUGCCAUCCUCGUCAUCGGUUCCAACCUAUCGGCACAUGAACAGGAUUUUGGCUACAACAUUGCCUUCAUCGGUCUUUUAUGGACAACAGUAUUUGCCGUGAAAUGGUGCUACCUGGCAUUUUUCCAUCCGUUGCUGGUGGGAAUGUCGCGGUGGUUUAUCUACUACUACCGCUUUACCAUUGGAUUGUCCCUUGUUUCGUGGGUUUUGAGCUCAUUCGUUGCACCAAUCGUACCUUGUCCAUACACCGGGAUGAAGGCAGUCCUAUCCAACAGCACAAUGCUAGCAAUGAUCUGGCUCCCACCAAUCCUCGACGCACUCACAGACUUGAUGAUCAUCAGCAUCCCAAUCCGCCUCCUCUACAAAGUCCAAGUACGCACCUUAACAAAGAUCGGACUGGGUUGCUUCCUCUGCCUUUCCAUCUUCAUGUGCGCAUGCUCCAUCAUCCGCACAGCAGGCACAUGGUACCACGGGUUCCUCGACUACCCAUGGCAGGUAUUCUGGCUGCACCUGGAGGGAUGUAUUGGUGUGACCAUGGGAUCCAUCACCGUCUACCGAUCUACUCUCAUCGGCUCGAAUGAGGUAUCCACUGCAUUUAGGAAAUAUCUCACCAGGAUUAGAGAUGCGGUUCUGGGAUCGUCAAGUGAUGCAUCGGCGCCGCCUGGAGAGGAAAUCAGAACCAAGACGCGUCGAUUCGGGUUGCCGUCUAUCCCACAAGCGACUAUAACGGGAGUUCGUACUUGGUUUGGGAUGUCCAAGAAGGAACCCAAUGCUAGCGAGGGCUCAGGGAUGACUAGUUUUGGGAGUGAUGAUAUUGAUUAUCAUGCUUUGUUGAAAUCUCCUAAGGCGGCAGCAGACCCUCGAAGAAGAUGA